CGCGCACGCGCGAGCUUUCCCCUCGCUUGGCAGCAGCGGCGGCCACGAGUUCUUUGUUUCCUGAGAGGCGAGGCGCCUAUUCUGUGCCCGGCCCCGCGUGGCGGGUUGGGGGCGGCGCCGGGAAGGAGACGGCGCGGGUACAUCCCGCAGGAGAAACUGUCUGAAGCUCCCGUGAAGAUGUCUACUCCAGACCCACCGCUGGGUGGCACCCCACGGCCUGGCCCUUCCCCAGGCCCUGGCCCCUCACCUGGAGCCAUGCUGGGCCCUAGCCCAGGUCCCUCACCGGGGUCUGCCCAUAGCAUGAUGGGGCCCAGCCCGGGGCCUCCCUCUGCAGGACACCCCAUGCCAACCCAGGGCCCUGGAGGGUACCCUCAGGACAACAUGCACCAGAUGCACAAGCCCAUGGAGUCUAUGCAUGAGAAGGGCAUGUCCGAUGACCCACGCUACAACCAGAUGAAAGGAAUGGGGAUGCGGUCAGGAGCCCAUGCAGGAAUGGGGCCUCCACCCAGCCCCAUGGACCAGCACUCUCAAGGUUACCCCUCGCCCCUGGGUGGCUCUGAGCAUGCUUCCAGUCCUGUGCCAGCCAGUGGCCCAUCCUCGGGCCCCCAGAUGUCAUCUGGGCCAGGAGGGGCUCCACUGGAUGGUGCCGACGCCCAGGCCUUGGGGCAGCAGAACCGGGGCCCAACCCCUUUUAACCAGAACCAGCUGCAUCAGCUACGAGCUCAGAUCAUGGCCUAUAAGAUGCUGGCCAGGGGCCAGCCUCUACCUGACCACCUGCAGAUGGCUGUGCAGGGCAAGCGGCCCAUGCCUGGGAUGCAGCAGCAGAUGCCAACGCUACCUCCACCCUCUGUAUCCACCACAGGACCUGGCCCUGGCCCUGGUCCUGGCCCUGGUCCAGGUCCAGGACCAGCACCUCCAAAUUAUAGUAGGACUCACGGUAUGGGAGGACCCAACAUGCCUCCUCCGGGACCUUCAGGUGUCCCCCCUGGUAUGCCUGGCCAGCCUCCUGGAGGACCUCCCAAGCCAUGGCCUGAAGGACCCAUGGCCAAUGCUGCUGCCCCCACGAGCACUCCCCAGAAGCUGAUCCCCCCACAGCCAACAGGCCGUCCCUCACCUGCACCCCCUGCUGUCCCACCUGCUGCCUCGCCUGUAAUGCCACCUCAGACACAGUCCCCAGGGCAGCCAGCGCAGCCCGCUCCACUGGUGCCCAUGCACCAGAAGCAGAGUCGCAUCACCCCUAUCCAGAAGCCCCGGGGUCUGGACCCUGUGGAGAUUCUACAGGAACGUGAGUACAGGUUGCAGGCUCGUAUCGCACACCGAAUUCAGGAACUUGAAAACCUCCCUGGCUCCCUGGCUGGGGACCUGCGAACCAAAGCUACCAUUGAACUGAAGGCCCUCAGGCUGCUGAACUUCCAGAGGCAGCUACGCCAGGAGGUGGUGGUGUGCAUGCGCAGGGACACGGCCCUGGAGACAGCCCUCAAUGCCAAGGCUUACAAGCGCAGCAAGCGGCAGUCACUGCGCGAGGCCCGCAUCACUGAGAAACUAGAGAAGCAGCAGAAGAUCGAGCAGGAGCGCAAGCGCCGCCAGAAGCAUCAGGAAUACCUCAACAGCAUUCUCCAGCAUGCCAAGGAUUUCAAAGAGUAUCACAGGUCAGUCACGGGAAAGAUCCAGAAACUCACCAAGGCGGUGGCCACCUACCAUGCCAACACUGAGCGGGAACAGAAAAAGGAGAACGAACGCAUCGAGAAGGAGAGAAUGCGGAGGCUCAUGGCUGAAGACGAGGAGGGUUACCGCAAGCUCAUUGACCAGAAGAAGGAUAAGCGCCUGGCCUAUCUCUUGCAGCAGACAGAUGAGUAUGUGGCCAACCUCACAGAGCUGGUGCGACAGCAUAAGGCUGCCCAGGUCGCCAAGGAAAAAAAGAAGAAAAAGAAAAAAAAGAAGGCAGAAAAUGCUGAAGGACAGACCCCUGCAAUUGGGCCAGAUGGCGAGCCUCUGGACGAGACCAGCCAGAUGAGUGACCUCCCUGUGAAAGUGAUCCAUGUGGAGAGUGGGAAGAUACUCACAGGCACAGAUGCUCCCAAAGCCGGGCAGCUGGAGGCCUGGCUUGAAAUGAACCCGGGGUAUGAAGUAGCUCCAAGAUCUGAUAGUGAAGAAAGUGGCUCAGAAGAAGAGGAGGAAGAGGAAGAGGAGGAGCAGCCUCAGCCCACACAGCCCCCCACGCUGCCUGUGGAGGAGAAGAAGAAGAUUCCAGACCCAGACAGUGAUGAUGUCUCUGAAGUAGAUGCACGGCACAUCAUUGAGAAUGCCAAGCAAGAUGUCGAUGAUGAAUAUGGGGUGUCUCAGGCCCUUGCUCGUGGCUUGCAGUCCUAUUAUGCUGUGGCACAUGCUGUCACUGAGAGAGUAGAUAAGCAGUCAGCACUGAUGGUCAAUGGCGUCCUCAAACAGUACCAGAUCAAGGGCUUAGAGUGGCUUGUGUCUCUCUAUAACAACAACCUGAAUGGCAUUCUGGCCGACGAGAUGGGCCUGGGGAAGACUAUCCAGACCAUUGCGCUCAUCACGUACCUCAUGGAGCAUAAGCGCAUCAAUGGACCCUUCCUCAUCAUUGUGCCUCUCUCGACGCUAUCAAACUGGGCAUAUGAAUUUGACAAGUGGGCCCCCUCUGUGGUGAAGGUAUCCUACAAGGGCUCUCCAGCAGCAAGGCGGGCUUUUGUCCCUCAGCUCCGCAGUGGAAAGUUCAACGUCUUGCUGACCACCUAUGAAUAUAUCAUCAAAGACAAGCACAUACUUGCCAAGAUUCGCUGGAAGUAUAUGAUCGUGGAUGAAGGCCACCGCAUGAAGAACCACCACUGCAAACUGACACAGGUCCUCAACACACAUUAUGUGGCCCCUCGACGUCUGCUGCUAACAGGCACACCACUGCAGAACAAGCUGCCUGAGCUCUGGGCACUGCUGAACUUUCUGUUGCCCACCAUCUUUAAGAGUUGCAGCACCUUUGAGCAGUGGUUCAAUGCACCCUUUGCCAUGACUGGGGAGAAGGUGGACCUGAAUGAGGAGGAAACCAUCCUUAUCAUCCGUCGUCUGCACAAAGUACUGAGGCCCUUCCUUCUUCGGAGGCUGAAGAAGGAAGUUGAGGCUCAGCUUCCCGAGAAGGUGGAGUAUGUCAUCAAGUGUGAUAUGUCAGCCCUGCAGCGAGUGCUCUACCGGCAUAUGCAAGCCAAAGGUGUGCUGCUGACUGAUGGCUCCGAGAAAGAUAAGAAGGGCAAAGGUGGCACCAAGACGCUAAUGAAUACCAUCAUGCAGCUUCGGAAAAUUUGCAAUCACCCAUACAUGUUCCAGCACAUCGAGGAAUCCUUUUCUGAGCACUUGGGUUUCACUGGCGGCAUCGUCCAAGGGCUGGACCUGUACCGUGCUUCGGGGAAAUUUGAACUUCUUGAUAGGAUUCUGCCUAAACUCCGUGCCACCAACCAUAAAGUGCUGCUGUUCUGUCAAAUGACCUCCCUCAUGACCAUCAUGGAAGAUUAUUUUGCAUAUCGUGGCUUUAAAUACCUCAGGCUUGAUGGAACCACAAAAGCGGAGGAUCGGGGCAUGCUGCUGAAAACCUUCAAUGAGCCUGGUUCAGAGUACUUCAUCUUCUUGCUCAGCACACGUGCAGGUGGGCUGGGCCUGAACCUGCAGUCAGCUGACACUGUGAUCAUUUUUGACAGCGACUGGAAUCCUCACCAGGAUCUGCAGGCACAGGACCGUGCCCACCGCAUUGGGCAGCAGAAUGAGGUGCGUGUGCUCCGCCUCUGCACUGUAAAUAGCGUGGAGGAGAAGAUCUUGGCUGCUGCCAAGUAUAAGCUCAAUGUGGACCAGAAGGUGAUCCAGGCAGGCAUGUUUGACCAGAAGUCCUCCAGUCAUGAGCGGCGUGCUUUCCUGCAGGCCAUUCUGGAGCAUGAGGAGCAAGAUGAGAGCAGACACUGCAGCACGGGCAGCGGCAGUGCCAGCUUCGCCCACACUGCCCCUCCGCCAGCGGGCAUCAACCCCGACUUGGAGGAGCCACCUCUAAAGGAGGAAGAUGAGGUGCCUGAUGAUGAGACUGUCAACCAGAUGAUUGCCCGGCAUGAAGAGGAAUUUGACCUCUUCAUGCGCAUGGACCUGGACCGCAGGCGAGAGGAAGCCCGCAACCCCAAGCGGAAGCCACGCCUGAUGGAGGAGGAUGAGCUCCCAUCCUGGAUCAUCAAGGAUGAUGCUGAGGUAGAACGGCUGACAUGUGAGGAAGAAGAAGAAAAGAUGUUUGGCCGUGGCUCCCGCCACCGCAAGGAGGUGGACUACAGCGACUCAUUGACAGAGAAACAAUGGCUCAAGACCCUGAAGGCCAUCGAGGAGGGCACGCUGGAGGAGAUAGAAGAGGAGGUCCGGCAGAAGAAAUCAUCACGAAAGCGCAAGCGGGACAGUGAUGCCGGCUCCUCCACCCCGACCACCAGCACCCGCAGCCGUGACAAGGAUGAUGAGAGCAAGAAGCAGAAGAAGCGUGGGAGGCCACCUGCUGAAAAGUUGUCACCAAACCCCCCCAACCUCACCAAGAAGAUGAAGAAGAUUGUGGACGCAGUGAUCAAGUACAAGGACAGUAGUAGUGGACGUCAACUCAGUGAAGUGUUUAUCCAGCUGCCUUCACGCAAGGAGCUGCCCGAGUACUAUGAGCUCAUCCGCAAGCCCGUGGACUUCAAGAAGAUCAAGGAACGCAUCCGCAACCACAAGUACCGCAGCCUCAAUGACUUGGAGAAGGAUGUUAUGCUACUGUGCCAGAAUGCGCAGACCUUCAACCUCGAGGGCUCCCUAAUCUACGAGGACUCCAUUGUCCUGCAGUCUGUUUUCACCAGUGUGAGGCAGAAAAUUGAAAAGGAGGACGACAGCGAAGGAGAGGAGAGUGAAGAAGAGGAGGAGGGAGAGGAAGAAGGCUCCGAGUCCGAGUCUCGCUCUGUCAAGGUGAAGAUCAAGCUUGGUCGCAAAGAGAAGGCACAGGACCGGCUGAAAGGGGGUCGACGGCGGCCAAGCCGUGGGUCACGAGCCAAACCAGUUGUGAGUGAUGACGACAGUGAGGAGGAGCAGGAGGAGGACCGCUCAGGAAGUGGCAGUGAGGAAGACUGAGCCCAACAUUCCAGAGUCUCGACCAUGAGCCAAGCAGAGCCAAGCCGAGAUGGAAUAGCCCUUAGCAGUAACGGGUAGUGCAGAUGUAGUUUCAGACUUGGGGGAAACGAAACUGUAAACAAGGAAUCUUCCAUAUUUAUACGGCAGACAAGAGUAGGCCUCUGUGUGUCUGGCCUGUCCCGGCCCGGCAUCUGUAACAGCAUUAACUAGAGAGGGGCCUGCCUUCCCGCAGCCCUGUCACUGUAGCUCCACGUGGAUGCAUGUGUGUGCCGUCCACUCCUCGUACUGUAUCUUCCUGGACAGGGCCCACUCGCCACCCACCUGGUGGGGUAUGUCAGUGUCACUGGAUGUCAGACAGUAAUAAAUUAAACCAAUGACAGAACCACA